UGUAAUAAGCAUGGCGUUCUUGUUUGCAUUUGGUAGGCUGUUUCAGCAUCAGCUACUCACACUACAAUGUAUAUCAUUUAAUCACCUACCGUAAUCCUAUCCACGGCUGAACUGAUCCAUUCAGACCAUACACUCAUUACAUGUCGUCUGCAGUGAGAUCUCUGCUGUUGUUCGCAACAUCCGCAUUAGCCUUUGCCGUCGAGAACACCCUUUCCAGCUCUACCACCAGCGCUGGACGCCACCUUACUUUCACCAACGACAAUCAUUUCAAUGGCACAGUCAAGACUACCGAUGACGACCCAUGGACACUGUCUGUCGCCCGAGGCACGAAGCUCCUUCAAGGUAUGAAAGCCAGCGACGCUGAAGCUGCAGCUCUCUACAACCUAGGCGCCAGCGCAGAGAGCGCAUUCGAUGGUGAUCUCAUAAACAAGCUACGUGAGUGGGGUUACAACGAUGCCACGGAUGCCCUCGCCAAACAAGCAGACCCCAAAUGCAAUUUUGACAGCUCGAAUGGACACAUGCUGAAGAAGGCCUUCAGCGACCUUGCCAUCUCGACCAAGCCCAAGAGCCAGGGUGGCCCAAACCAAUGUUUCCUGAUUGAGCAUUACGACAGCCCAGCUGUGAAGAAAGGCAAUGACGGCAAGAUGCCUCUUAAAGGCGAUCAACGAUACGACGUCUGCGACAAGGAAUAUCGCGUCACCGGCGCUGAGCACACAAUUGGUGUCAAUGCAGAAGCGGGUGUCGUGUACGCUAUCAAUCUCUCUUCUGCCGCUAAAGCUGCUCGUCGUCUUUGGAAACGCGCUGCUCUUACGGACGAACUCCCUGCUAUACGCAGCGUCUCGGAUAUCGCAUGGGCCUUUUGGAACCGUGUGCACAGUGAUGUGGAGAGCUUACAGAAUAUCAGAUAUCUAUUUGUUACGAUGAUAAUCAACAAAGAAACGAAUCAACACAUUACACGUGCGUUGGGCACGCUGAAUCCACCGAAAGAGGAUGUGGAAGUUUGGCCGGGACAUGAUUUCGACAUGGAGACGGAUGUGGGGAAAGCCUUGCUGGGAAGUCCUGUUGGACGAUGGGCUGGGUACUUUCUCAUGCAGCAUAAGAGGCAGUUGGGUGGUAGCAAAUGGAUCUCCAAGGUUAGAGUGUUCAAGUCUGAGAAGGAGGGUAGUUGGCCAUACUUCUUAUUCUAUGUUGACAUUCCCCGCACCAGAAGUAAUGGUGGACAGAUCAAGAGUAGCGGGUUCGUACGAUCGGCCAAGAAUAGUACGAAGGAGUGAGGACGGCAGCCAUGUUGUUCGAGAGCAUGUUAUGAGGAUGAGGAUA